AUGCAAAAACUUAACGAAGGAUUUACAGGGUUACGGUAUUUGUGUAUUUUUCUCUGUAUUGUUUCAACCGUUAAUGCUGAAGAUCCAUACAGGUUUUUUACAUGGAACGUGACAUAUGGAGAUAUAUACCCGUUAGGGGUUCGUCAACAGGGAAUCUUGAUAAACGGCCAAUUUCCAGGCCCGGAAAUAUAUUCCGUCACAAACGAUAAUCUUAUUAUCAACGUAUUCAACAAUUUACCCGAACCUUUUCUUAUUUCAUGGGCCGGAAUACAACAACGUCGGAAUUCGUAUCAAGACGGAGUUUACGGCACUAAUUGUCCGAUCCCGGCGGGCCAAAACUUCACGUAUAAACUUCAAGUGAAAGAUCAGAUCGGAAGUUUCUUUUAUUUCCCGUCGAUUGGUUUCCAAAAAGCCGCCGGCGGUUUCGGAGCGAUCAAAAUCCUCAGUCGGCCGCUGAUUCCGGUGCCAUUUCCUGAUCCCGCCGACGAUCACUCUAUUCUCAUCGGAGACUGGUACAAAUCGGAUCACACGAGACUCCGAAGAAUUAUGGACCUUGGAUGGCGGCUGCCGUUUCCCGACGGAGUUUUGAUCAACGGCCGUGGUGACGGCGGUGUGGCGUAUAAUGUUGAGCAAGGGAAGACUUAUCGGUUGAGGAUAUCAAACGUUGGAUUACAGAAUUCGUUGAAUUUCAGAAUUGCUGGUCACACAAUGACACUGGUGGAAGUGGAAGGAACUCACACCGUCCAAACGUCCUUAUCGUCGCUGGAUAUCCACGUCGGACAAUCGUAUUCCGUCCUUGUCACCGCCGACCAACCACCGCAAGAUUAUUACAUCGCCGUUUCUUCCCGUUUUACCAGUCAGGUCCUCAACACCACCGCCAUUCUCCGGUAUACCAACUCCGGUAAGGCAGUUUCCGGCCCACCACCGCCGCCGCCCACCACUGACAUCACUUGGUCGUUAAACCAAGCUAGAUCCAUCAGGACUAACCUGACGGCUAGCGGACCGAGGCCGAACCCACAAGGCUCGUAUCAUUACGGACAGAUUAACAUUAGUAGAACGAUCAAAUUAACGGGAUCGGCGUCGAUAAUAAACCGAAAGCAGCGAUACAGCGUUAACGGGGUGUCGUUUAUUCCGGCCGAUACACCUCUUAAACUAGCCGAUUACUUUAAUAUUAGUGGAGUUUUUAAGGUCGGGAGCAUUCCCGACGAACCGACGGGUGCGGCCCCGUAUCUCGACACUUCGGUUAUGGGUGCCGAUUUUCGAGAUUUCAUCGAGAUCAUAUUCGAGAAUCGUGAGAAUAUUAUUCAAAGCUGGCAUCUUGACGGAUACAAUUUCUUUGUUGUUGGAAUGGACAGUGGGCGAUGGAGUAAUACAAGUCGAAACGAGUACAAUCUUAUCGACGCAGUCUCACGUUGUACCGUGCAGGUAUAUCCAAGAUCAUGGAGUGCAAUAUACGUUGCGCUUGACAAUGUCGGGAUGUGGAAUAUCAGGAACGAGUUUUUGGUGCGACAGUAUCUUGGGGAACAAUUUUACCUUCGUGUUUACUCUCCAGUAAUGUCACCACGAGACGAAUACCCACUACCUCAAAACGCUCUUCUUUGCGGCCAAGCUGUCGGGAAAAGGUCAUGAUCCGUCGCAAAAAAUACCACCCGCAAAUGUAAAGUUUGGAACCAAAAUUCUUUGUCACGCUUCAUUUUUUUUCUUUUGUAAACAUUUAAACUGCAUUUCUUUAAUUUGUCGUUAUAAAAAUAAAUACAAAUAGGUAUAUUUUUUUUCUAAGUUAAAUUUAUGAGGAUUUGGUUAUACAAAUUUAUGUUUAAUUAUUACAAGGUGUUAUUAAUGAUAUUGAAUUUGAUAUGUAAUUUAUAUUAUUUGAUUUUGUGA